UGUUACAUUAACACGACAUCGCUUAGCGUACCCAUCGUGUUUACGUGCGCGUACCUUUGCUUCGUUUAAAGAGGAGGGGAAGAAAUUGUUGAUAUUAUAAGUUUGAAGUGUGUAUUACAUAACUGCAUUUAUUUGUUGUUGUGUUAUUGCACUGAACACAGAGCUUACGGCAAGUUUUGAGAAGUUUGCAUAAAAAGCGUGUGAAUUCAGACGCGUAGAUCGCUGCCCACUUCGCUGAAUUCAAGGCCACAGCAGCCUCUGGGGUUCCCGCGGCCGCCGCACACCGGGAUCACUGCCGAAUUAUUCACUCCUCCGCCGCCGGUCAGCCUCGACGGACGCAGCUCCACCCACCAGCCACAGCGAUGCUCCGCGCGCCGACCGACAUCCACUACCUGUUGUGAAUCGAACUCUACCGCGUUGCCUUCGUACCGGUUACGAUAUAAAAAUGUGGCGAAUCGUUUUUUUGUAUAUUUGUGUUUGUGCUAGUGCCAAUAAUGACUUUCCAACCUUUCGCAAGUGUUGCCCGGAGGGCCAGAAUCUGAUAAAAGUGAUGAACCCGGAUGUUGUAAAUCUUGAAGAUUCGUACGAAUGCCUCGAUAGUGCAUUUGAAACCGUAUACAAUAUUACCAAUCCAAAGCCUACUCUUUUUGUGUCCGAAGGCGUUACUGUAGAGUAUGGUAUGCCUAUGGAAUGUGAUUUUGAAAUGAUUCCUUAUGAUGGUAAUAUUCAAUUAUCUGAAAGCAGUAAUUAUUGCUAUGAUAGACUCGUUGUGGAAAUAAUCAAUGGGACGGUGAAAAAAGUGAUUCCUAAGACAAUAGCUUUAGUGUGCAAUGGAACUGAGCUUAACAAUGAAUCUAGCGUAAAAGUCAUUAAUAUCCGGAAGUGCUGUCCACCUGGACAGACGUAUGACACCGAGUUUCAUAUGUGCAGAAGAGGCGGUGAAGGUUACGAUGAGAGGUGGUUGAUAGAAAAGCUUCAAGCGUUUAGUGGCGUGGUUUAUGAAUUCGACGAUGGACUUCAAUGCAAGUCAGCUGAAUAUGCUGUAGAAUUGAGAGAAGAGAAGUUCUUUGUAGUUUUAUUGGAGAGAAGAUUAGAUAUUUCGAACCGUAACCGAGAGGGUGGUGGUGGACAGUCUCCUCAAGGCAACUGGUGCGUGGACCGGGAGUACAAUAGUCGGGGGCUGGUGGCGCGGGUGUGCACUGAGGACUGCUCCAGGUUUGAUGCCCUGUGUGUUAGAAAGUGCUGCCCAGUAGGACAACACUACUUGCCUUUCCACUGUGGAACACUAGCUGGUCGGUGUGUGCCUAAUAAAGAUGACAAGGUGUUGUAUGACUUAUCCGAUUAUGUCCAUCGAACGAAGAGCAAAUACGGAGUUGGAGAUAUAAUGGGGUUACGGUCAGAUAUACAGUGCAAGAGCGGCAAGAUAUCGCUAAACAGGUCGUAUCCUUCUGACUGGCACCACCUCACCAGGAACGGUGAUAUGGAAAGUGCCUUAGGGGUGCGGAGCGACUACUGCCUCGAAGUAUUCGACACCAGCUUCUGCGGGGUGGAUCCGUACGUGUCGGCCGUCACGUGCUUCAUCAAGGAGGCGCUGAUAAAGGACUUCAGGUUGUCUUUUGUGCUUAAUAGCCUGUCAGCCGUGUGCCUGGCUCUGACGCUGAUAGUCUACUGCGCGAUCCCGGAGCUGCGUAACCUGCACGGGAGGAACCUGAUCUGCCACGUCAGUAUGAUGCUGCUGGCGUACUCGUGUCUCGCGCGCGCACAGUACGAGUUCGUCAGUAAUCGGACCCUCUGCACUGUUCUAGGGUACGGGAUCUACUUCGGCUUCGUGUCGGCGUUCGCCUGGCUUAACGUCAUGUGUGCCGACAUCUGGUGGACAUUUGGGAGCGUCCGUACCGUCAACCCUCUCCAGAAGGGCAGCGCAGGCCGUCGCCGGUUCUGCUGGUACUCCCUCUACGCGUGGAGCGUGUCUGUCAGUCUCACCCUCAUAAUGUUCCUAUUCGACAAGUUUCCAGUGGCUGACGUUCUAGAUGCAAACAUGGGCAUGUAUAGGUGCUGGUUUGCAGCUGACCAAAACGCCGAGUCGGACUGGCCGCAUUACAUCUUCUUCGUGAUCCCGUUGGGCCUGGUGUCGUGUUCUAACUUCGUGCUGUGGGUGCUGACGGCACGACACUGCUCGCGCGUCAAGUCCGAGGUGCACAGGCUGCAGGCUGGCUCCGUCGGCGAUCGGGUUAGGAGACGCUUCCGAAUCGACAAGGCCAAUUUUGUGCUGACGGGGAAGUUGUGGGUAGUGAUGGGUGCUGGGUGGUGUUCCGAGCUCCUUUCGACUCUCGCCUUCAACCCUGACCAGUGGAUAUGGACAAUUGUCGACAUGGUCAACGAGCUGCAAGGCGUGUUCAUCUUCAUCAUCCUCAUCUUCAAACCGAAGCUGUACUACCUCAUCAGAAAGAGGCUUGGUUUCUCAAGGACAUCGAAAAAUCCAAGGCUGGAGAAACCUGACGCGCAGAAGAACGGCACCUCAUCGACGGCUCGCACCUCCUCCACCUUCUUGUCCAGGACCAUCAGCUCUGACGAGCGCGCGCACGCCCGCGUCUCACUCCCUAACAACAACGCUAAGCAACUCUGAAUGUUCCACACGUUUUCCUCACAGACGGUGUUUUUUAACUAACAUCUAUGACCUUCCACUCCACUUUUCAUCCCUAGGGUAGUGAGCGAAACAAUCGCAUGCGACCAAAUAAUUUGACUCGAUGUUAAUUAAUAGUUAUUUAAGGUUACUUUACCUAGCUACAGUCGCAAACAAGGUAGACUACCUUUUUUUGCAAAAUCAUACUUAUUACAACUGCGUUAGAUUGCCACACUUUGUUUGCGUGGUCGACGCAAGUUCACCGUCCCUGCCCUAGGUUGUGCCUACUUUAAAUUCAUGCGUAACAACAGACUGCCAUUUACUGCCAAUGUGUCUGGCAAUGUACCUAUGCCUACUUCAAAUGAUAACGUAGGUACAUGGUAAUUGAAAGAAAAGUAGUCAUAAGUGAAAACUUGUGGAAAGUCGUGGAUAAACCAAUUGCAAUAAAAGCACUGCUGCACCCAAGUAACUAAAGAUGGUAGAGCAGCAUGGUAUGUUUCAGCAAGAGGAUCCUAAUUAAACUACCAAGUUAAAUAACUUAUACGAGUAGUAAGAGCUUAACUUCCCAAUAUACAGGGUGGAAACGAUAAGUGAUCUCACUCGAUUAUUUCUAAACUAUACAAGAUAUCAAUAAACUAGUUACUGAUUCUGAAAGUGCUUCAUAAGCUCUAUUAAACGGUAUUAAUAGGUUACAGAAUAAACUGGAUCUAUCCGAAAAUUCAAUGUUUCCAGCUUCCAUACAUUUGGUAAAGUCACAUUAUUUUAAAAACUACACAUGAUAUCGUAAAACUGUUUAUUGAUUCUAAAAGUGCUUCACAAGCUCUAUCCAAUGGUAUCAAUAAUAGGUUACAGAAUAAACUGGAUCUAUCCAAAAAUUCAAUGUUUCCUUCUUCGUUCCAUACAUUUAUUACUGUCAUGCAUGACUCAGUACACAGUCAUGACACUCAUCUCUUGACAAUAUUAUAGCAAGUAAAGCCUAAAACCAAUGUUUUCCAUGAAUAAUUUUAAAUAAGAAUACAAUUUACGAGUUUAAGGGUUUAUUAUUAAAUAAAAAAAAUUACACUUCUAAUAUUGUGUGGCUGGCAUACAUUUAGUAUGGAAGCUGGAAACAUUGAAUUUUCAGAUAGAUCCAGUUUAUUCUGUAACCUAUUAUUAUUGGUACCGUUCGAAAGAACUCAUGAAGCACUUUCAGAAUCAGUAACCAGUUUUUCAACAUCUUGUAUAGGUUAGUAAUAAUCGAGUGAGAUCACUUAACGUUUCCACCCUGUAUGUAUAGGCUAGUUUGUUAAGCAGUAGGUAUUUUUACAAUAUCUCUCUCGUUUUAGUGUCGAGAUAGAUUCUAGUGUCUCUUAAACAGAUAUCGGAUGAAUGGUGUCGCCAGUUUUUAAUGAAGCUUAACGAAUUAAACCACCUUUUCGAAGCGUGCAAUUUCCACUUUCGCCCUUAAAAACUUAAAAUUAAUUUAAUAAUCUUUAAGGUUUGAUUUAUAACAAGGCUAGUUCAUUUUUAAGUUUAAAAUAUUUAAAGAUAGAGACGCGAUCUAGUCAUAGUUUAAGACUUUGUAGUUACGAAAUUCGUGAGGCAUUUACAACCAUAUUCGAAAUUGUAAUCUCUAAGUAUUUUUAUAAUACACAAAAAAAGCUUUAAACAUGUGCGUUAAAAUUUGAAAAGGCACCUUUGAUUUAUUUUAGGGCGUUUGAAAUCGUAGAGUAGAUUAACUGCAUAUUGAUAGGUUGUUUUAAUGAUUUAUUGUUAGUUAUUUAGGAAUUACGUGUCAUUAAUUAUUUAAGUUUCAUGACGUGUGAUUCUAAAAGUGACAAAAGCUUGAAAUACGUAGAUGUAGUUGGUGAGUGUAGUGACCAACAUAUGACCGUCAUAUUUUGUAGAAGUGUAAAUAUUUUUUAGAUAAUAAGUAAUAUUGUUUAAUUAAAUCAUCUGCCUCUAUACUGUAUUUAAAUUAACAUCUGUAUCGUCGUGUAUUAUGGACAUAAGGAAGUCUACCCGAGUAAUUAUGUGGGAGGGAAUCGACUUUUCCUACCCUAAAAUAUCUCCUUACAUCUGUUUCAAAUAUGUAUUAAAUUAAAAUAUAUUAAUGUUCGGUGAAUCAAGUGAAAUACAAUUUUGAUUAUCUUAUUAAUAUAAUAAAUAUUUUCAUUCCAUU